UGGUGGUAAGGAGGAUGCCAUAAUAUUAAAAGGACCAUAACAAGGUUGGAACGCUCUUGGGUCAGGUUGAAAGGUUCUCAAAUGAAUAUGGACUACAACAGCAAGAAAUCCAAACUGUCCGUGAUUUUUAUUGCCAAAUUACAAGGCUGUUUUGUUAUGAUUUAGCGUUCGUAGCUUUCCACAAAAGAUUUUGACUGUCGUGAUUCUUUUAACUUGAUGACAUUGCAUACAUUGCGCACUCCACGAAUUUGUGCCGUUUCCGUUCCUGUGAACAAUCAGAAAGGGAAAAGUUUUAAUCAUGACGGAGUGGAAGUCUCCCUUGAAAGUAAUACUUAUCGGCAACUCUGGGGUGGGAAAGUCCUCCUUCAUGAACAGAUACGUUAACCACCGCUUCACUAAUAUGUAUCGAGCCACUAUUGGGACUGACUUUCUCACCAAAGAGCUGAGCACCGGUGACUCCACAGUUGUUCUACAGAUCUGGGACACUGCAGGCACAGAGAGGUUCCAGUCUCUAGGUACACCCUUGUACCGGGGGUCUCACUGCUGCAUGCUAGUGUUUGAUGUCACCUCCAGGACUACUUUCUCUGCACUGGAGGUGUGGAGGAAAGAGUUCUUAGUUCAGGGAGAGCCCCCUGACCCUGCCAAUUUCCCAUUCAUUGUGCUCGGCAACAAGACUGACUUGGAAAAUAGAGAGGUGUCAAGCAAGCAAGCAUUGCAGUGGUGUGAAAAGAUAGGGGCACUGUAUUGUGAAGGAAGUGCUAAGGAGGACACUGAUGUGGAACAGACAUUUUUGAAAGCUGCAACAGCAGCACUACAUCAGUACAAAAAACACACAUUGGAAAAUACAGGACAUUUCCAGGUAACCUGCAAACAGUUGGAAGAAACUCGCAACGACAAGUGUCAGUGCUAGGACCAGCACCUGCCCCAGUGUGGGAGGGCCCCAGGGAGUCCUCGGCACUGCUGAUGACCUACCUAGUAAGGGUGCAAAAGAAAAGUGACCCAAUAAAGGUACUGUGGAAGAAAAGGACACAUUUGUAUACCACAUGGAAAAGAACAAACUUUUUUUAAUUUUCUUUUUUAAGAUCCUUCAGCUUAUGGUCUAACUUAAGGCAUCACUACUAAAAUACAGUUUUGCAUGCAUGUCUAGUUUUGUUCAACAGACACACUGACACAUAAAAUAAUGAAUGUUUAUGAAAUACGGUUUUUCAUUCUAGAAAUAUCUGGAAAACAGACUGAAACCAUAGUGUAAAUACUACAAUCUGGAGAAAGGCAUUGAGUUCUCCCAGGUCUCCUUUUUUAGCGCCAUCUGAUGAUAUGCAGUCAUGUCCUUUCUAAGAUGUAUUUUAAGUCAUGAAUUCUGAAUACCUUAUACUCAGGAUUAAUAUACAUAC